AUGUUGAGACGGAAGUUCUUAACUCAAAUCCGUGGACAACUGCUGAAGCAGUUGGUAUCUCAUAGGGCAGACAUCGCAGAGAGGAUGCUCAUUUCGUUAGAAGAGCUACAGAAGGCUACCAACAAUUUUGAUCAAGCUCGAAGGCUUUGUGGUAGAGGGCAUGGCACUGUCUACAAAGGGAUCUUGUCAGACUUGCAUGUUGUGGCUAUAAAGAAGUCAAAUAUUGUUGUCAAAAGAGAAACUGUCGAGUUCAUCAAUGAAGUUGCGAUACUCUCACAGAUCAACCAUAGGAAUAUUGUAAAGCUUCGUGGGUGUUGCCUCGAGAUAGAAGUCCCUUUAUUGGCAUACGAGUUCAUUUCCAAUGGAACACUUAGUGAUCAUCUUCACACGGAAGAACCAAGAUCGUUAACUUGGAAAGAUAGGUUAAGGAUCACAACCGAAACAUGCAAAGCUCUUGCAUACCUUCACUCUGUUGUUUCAGUGCCCGUAAUACAUAGAGAUAUCAAGCCUUCCAACAUACUUCUUGAUGAUGCCUUGACAGCAAAAGUGUCAGACUUUGGAGCUUCAAGGUACAUUGCCAUGAAUCAAACAGGAACAACAACUGCAGUGCAAGGAACUAUAGGUUACUUGGAUCCUACAUAUUAUUAUAGCAAACGCCUCACAGAAAGUAGUGAUGUUUAUAGCUUUGGAGUUCUUCUUAUUGAAUUGCUUACUAGGAGGAAGCCAUCUUUGUAUAGAUCCAAUGAAGGCAUUGGGCUUGUCAUAGAUCCAAUGAACCGGGACUAA